AUGACGGAUGCUUUAACAGCGCAACUGAGGGCUUCGACCCUGAAUGAUGCUCCUCAAAACGAGGAUUGGAAGAAGAGUCUCAACAUCCCUACUCGUGACAACAGACAACAAACUGAGGAUGUAACAAACACUAAAGGUCUAGAAUGGGAGAAUUUCAAUCUGAAGCGAGAUCUACUAAUGGGCAUCUUUGAAGCUGGCUUUGAGAAACCGUCACCUAUCCAAGAAGAAUCUAUCCCGGUAGCCCUUACGGGACGAGAUAUCCUAGCAAGAGCCAAGAAUGGUACCGGCAAGACAGCAGCUUUCGUCGUGCCCGCUCUGGAACGGAUAAACCCGAAAGUUAACAAAAUUCAGUGUUUAAUAUUGGUCCCUACAAGAGAACUCGCAAUGCAGACGUCCCAGGUCUGCAAGACCCUCGGCAAGCACCUCGGAAUCAACGUCAUGGUUACAACUGGUGGUACUACUCUCCGCGAUGAUAUCGUCCGUCUACAGGAUCCCGUCCACAUAGUAGUGGGCACUCCCGGCCGUAUUCUUGAUUUGGCAGGCAAGAAUGUUGCUGAUCUCAGCGAAUGUCCUAUGUUCAUCAUGGAUGAAGCCGACAAACUGCUUUCGAUCGAGUUUACCCCUGUCAUCGAACAGUUGCUCCAGUUCCACCCUAAGGAUCGCCAAAUUAUGCUCUUCUCGGCCACGUUCCCUAUGUCUGUUAAGGAUUUCUCUGAUAAGAACAUGGAUAGGCCUUACGAAAUCAACCUGAUGGACGAACUUACCCUACGGGGUAUCACACAAUACUACGCCUUCGUCGAAGAGAAACAAAAAGUUCAUUGUUUGAACACUCUCUUCUCUAAGCUCCAAAUCAACCAGUCCAUCAUAUUCUGUAACUCGACGAACCGUGUAGAACUGCUAGCCAAGAAGAUAACAGAGCUUGGUUAUUCAUGUUUCUACAGUCACGCCAAGAUGGCGCAGCAUGCGCGAAACCGAGUUUUCCACGACUUCCGCAAUGGCGUCUGCCGUAAUCUUGUCUGUUCCGACCUCCUCACUCGUGGUAUCGAUAUUCAGGCGGUGAAUGUCGUUAUCAACUUUGAUUUCCCGAAGAAUGCUGAAACGUACCUACACCGUAUUGGACGAUCCGGCCGGUACGGUCAUCUUGGUCUGGCAAUCAAUCUGAUCAACUGGGACGACAGGUUCAAUCUGUACAAUAUCGAAAAGGACCUAGGCACGGAGAUCCAGCCAAUCCCUGCCACCAUUGAUAAGAGCCUUUAUGUUUACGACAACCCCGAGAGUAUCCCUCGUCCUGUCAACACGUACGCCCCGAAGCCCGCACACUCUGGCGAUUUCUCUUCGCAGCAAUCGAACAACAUUACGUCAUCUCAGAAUAGAGGACAGGGCUUCCAAAGCGGUCGUGGUGGUCAUUUCAAUGACUCCCAGUCGUACCAAUCCAAUCGCGGAGUAGGCCGUGGCGGAGGUCGCGGUGGUAACCGAGGUCGUGGACGCGGUUACAACAACAGCAACUAUGGUGGCCGUGGUGGUGGUCGAGGUGGCCAGAAUCAACCUCCACAAUAA